AUCACGGCGUCGCUGAGAUGACGUUGUCGGCAGUGGUGGUGAUAGUGAUGUGCGCGCUCGUGUCGCCGCUUCACAUCUCCGCGUAUCAAGCGUGGGUUUAACGCUUCCACCGCAUGGAGUUGCGCAGCGACGCGGUCUUGGCGAGUGUGGAGAUGUCGGAGGUGAACAGCGACGGCGACUCGUUGGAGGGCGACGCGGAUUACGAGAGUUUGCCCGCUCACGCGUCGCUGGGCACGCACAUGACAGCGGGCGCCGUGGCCGGAGUGCUGGAGCACACAGUCAUGUACCCCGUGGACUCGGUCAAGACACGUAUGCAGAGUUUACAGCCGGACCCAAAUGCUCAGUACCGCAGCGUGUACGGAGCGCUGAAGAGGAUUGUGCGGACUGAGGGCGUCCUUCGGCCCUUGAGGGGACUCAAUAUCACUGUACUGGGGGCCGGCCCCGCACACGCGCUCUAUUUCGCCUGCUACGAGCGAAUCAAACGCAGCCUUAGUGACGUCAUACAGAACGGCGGCAACAGCCACAUUGCUAACGGUGUGGCAGGGAGUGUUGCUACUGUCCUCCAUGAUGCAAUCAUGAACCCAGCAGAAGUGGUGAAGCAGAGGAUGCAGAUGUAUAACUCUCCGUACCGAAGCCUGUAUGACUGCGUGCUGACGAUCAGUCGUAAGGAAGGACUGGCCGCCUUCUACCGCAGCUACAGCACUCAGCUGACCAUGAACAUCCCCUUCCAGGCCGUUCACUUCAUCACGUACGAGUUCAUGCAGGAACAUUUCAACCCAGAGCGCCAGUACCGGCCUGAAACGCACAUCGUGUCCGGAGCGGCGGCCGGAGCCGUGUCCGCUGCCAUCACCACUCCGCUAGACGUGUGUAAGACGCUGCUAAACACGCAGGAGAACGUGGCGCUCAGCUCCGCGCAUGUUAGCGGGCAUCUCUCGGGGAUGGUCAACGCGCUCAGGACAGUUUACCGGCUGGGGGGCGUUCCUGCGUUCUUUAAAGGCAUCCGAGCUCGGAUCAUUUAUCAGAUGCCGUCUACCGCCAUCGCCUGGUCCGUCUACGAGUUCUUCAAGUACUUUCUGACCCAACACGAGCCACACAUCCAGGAACUGGGGAGGAACACUCACAAGGCCAGUCCCACAUGAGGCCCGACCC